AUGCAAUUACCACACGAUGGAGUCGAUGAGUCGUGCGAAGUUGUUUUAGUGGUCAAAGAUGGCAAGUUCAAAGUCCACAGAAAAGCUCUUUCAGAAGCAAGUCCUUUCUUUGAAAAGUUGCUGAACAGCGACAUGAAGGAGUCCAAAGAAGGAGUGGUUCGCUUGGAGAUGUUUACAAAAUCUGUUAUGAGUAAGACAAUAGAGUUUGUUUACACCGGAAAUCUUCAUAUAUUAGAUGCAGACGAAGCCCGCGAUUUGGUUGUGAUAGCGGAUUAUUUGUUUCUCACAAAACUAAAGGUGUGUGCAUCAAGAUAUCUUCUUCAGAAAUUAAACAUUACCAUUUUGAAUUCUCUAUCAACUUUACGUAUUGCUGAUGCGUAUCGCCUCAAGGAACUUUACUCUAAGACCAAAAAAUUUAUACUUGCAAAUAUCAACGCCUUAUUCACCGAGAACCGCGAAGAUGUUUUGAACAUGUCAAGCAAGGAACUUACAAUUUUUAUUUCAAGCGACGAACUGAUCGUAAACGUCGAGGAAGAUGUGUUUAGUAUCAUUCUUAGCUGGAUUCAUCACGACAUAAGGAAACGACACACCUACUUCGUAGAGUUAUUUCGUCACGUUCGACUGCUUUAUAUAUCGCGUGACUAUCUGUGCAAUGAUGUCGUGACAAAUGAACUGGUCAAAGGAAAUGAAGGCUGUCUGGAUCUUGUUCACAAGGCUAUCGGCAUCCAUGAAUCAAAGAACGUUGAUAAUUUCCUGGAUAAUCUCCAUGUAACACCUAGGAAGGCUUUUCAAACCCCUGUUUUAAUCGCAAACAUUGAAAAAUAUUUGAUGUGCUAUCUUCCACGUGAAAAUAGCUGGUAUACUUUAGGUGGCGAGAUCCCUUUAGAACUGAAGGGUGACCGACUUUUCUCCUGUAAUAGUAAGCUGUACAGCACAAGAAUAGAGUCAGUUAAAUAUCCUCGGGAGAUCUGCAGACUACAUAUGUCAUGCUAUGAUCCAUACUCGAGCACUUGGAUUUCAUUACCAGUCUUGGAAGGGAACGCACAUUGUUGGCAGAUAUUUGUCAACAAUAAAGAUGAGGUGUUUGCUUUAUUCUCGGAACCAAGCGGUGGGAAUCACUUCCCCACUUGGUGGAUUCGAAACGGAAGAAGUUCCGCUGAACUUACCCCUGUUAGACAAGGUGUCGAGGAAGGAACCGAAGACAAAAACGUUUCCUUCAUUAUGCAAUAUAAAUCUGAAUUACACAAGUGGGAAGAAAUUGCAUCUUUCAAUUAUUUAGACCUGAGACAGGAUUUUAUCAUUGUGGCGCAUGACAACUUCAUUUAUUUUAUAGGCAGAAUACUCAGAAUACUCUGGCGUGGACGCGAGUAUGAGUUCCCGCAUGAUGUGGAAAGGUAUGACCUUAACAUAGACCAGUGGGAAAAAUUACCAGGUCUUCAUCAAAUCGCAAGAAGGUCGGCUUGUGGUGCUGCAGCAAACAGGAAAGUAAUCAUUGCUGAAGGCUGUCAGUGUGAAAUUUACAAUGAAGACACAAAUGAAUGGCACUUCAUCGAAGACUUGGAGGAAGGAUCUUAUUCAAGGAGAAUUAUAAAUCUCGUAACUGUCGAUGAUCAGCUGUAUGCUUUGUUUAAAGAUCAAACUGAUGGGACCUACACGGUUAAACAUUACGACACCGAGAAGAACAAAUGGAGUCCGAACGAACUCAUGACGAAGAUGUCUUCAGUAUUGGACGUGUGUUCGAUGAGAAUUUUCAGAGGAUGGCUCAAUAACUUCUCACUGAAAAGUCUUACAUCUGUUCCCAUUCAAGAUACGCCUAAGCACUAUUGUUGUAGCAUGUAA